AUACCAAGCUUCGUGUAAAAGUGUUGCAUCCAAGGUUAUCCAUGAGACCACAGGAGUGGUCGAGGUCUCCUUGGUUGGAAAAUGCACUUCUUCAGAAGUUGGUUGACGGUCUGCUGGCGUCGCAUCUUCAAGAUAGGGUUUGGAGGUCUGGUUCCUGUAGGUGAUGCAGUGAUGAGCCGUCGUAGGGUGUCUGUGAAGGAACUGGGUCAGGUGGACUACCAGGGCUGGCUGUACAGGAAGAAAGAGGGAAAAGGCUUCCUCGGCACCAAAUGGAAGAAGUACUGGUUUGUUCUGAAGAAAAACUCCCUAUACUGGUACCCUGCUAAGAUGGCUGAGAAAGCAGAAGGAUAUGUCAACCUAGCCGACUUCACUGUCAACCAAGCCACAGAGUGCAAGAAGAAGCAUGCCUUGAAGGCCAGCCAUCCAAAUGUUGUGACACUCUACUUUGCUGCCGAGAAUCUGUGGGAGAUGAAUAUUUGGCUUUCCAAAUUGUCUAUGGUAGAGGUGACUGAUACACCGAGCAAGUUGUCAGUGAAGAACUAUGGAGAGUGCUACAGUGAAGCGAGUGACCAGGAGGAGGUGGAGACCCUGGAGACAUCCUGUCCUCUCUACUCUGAACAGCUGACUACAGACUCCAUCAAUGGCGACGUUCCCCCACCUCGCUCCGCCUCGUCUCCAUGUCACUGCCCUGUCUCCGCCCCUGCCAGUAUUAUGACAUCAGAGACCAUGGAUUCCAGCUGGCUGAAUGUCUGCUCUCCAGAGAAGGCCGGGCGACAGAGUCCUUCUCUCCUCCACCUCAGCCAGGAAGAGGAGGAUGGCUUGGGGUCAAAGGCCAGGGAGGGAACACAGGAGGUCAAAUCUGACGAGAUGGAAGCACUGUACCUCCAUCUAAAGCAGGUCAAGCUGUCCCCAACUGGGGAGCUGAAGAGAGACUACCGAACGUCAUUUAUUCAUCGCUGCAAAGAUAACAAAGUCAAUGAGAAACUGCAUCUGGCUAGGACCCUCAAUAGCACUUUAAAGGCAAAAGAAGCCGACCUGUUCGCUAUAGAACAAGUGCUGUUUGAUCCCAUGCUCACUGCCGAGAGGUAUCGUGAUUGGAAGGUUGGCAACAUCUUGCUGCUGCAGGAGAUCCAACAAUGCAACAAGGCGCCACCAGGUGGCAGCAGAGUGCCGUCAUUCCUUUUCAAAGCACCACAGAUCCCUGUGACCGCAGAAACCAGCAUGUGACCAACACAACAAAGGUUAGCCACGGAGUCAUCGGGUCCUAAUGCUCCCAUCAUCUAAGAGUAGCAAUACUGAUCUAGGAUCAGUUUAGCUAUUUACAUCAUUAUCCACAGGACAGGGGGACCUGACCCUGGUUACGAACCACUACUCUAACACCAUUUGUAAACCAAGGCUCUGAUGCUAUACUUCAGGCAGAUGUAAAGAUUCCACAGAGUAUUUAAAAGACAGAAAAAUGUUAAAGGUGGAUAUUCCAGUUCCUCCUUGUUGGAUUGGUUAUAUUUUAUUCCAUUUUUUAAAUGAUUUUAAGAAUGGAUUUUGGUGUGCAGUAUCACGUAGGGAUUUGGGGAAAAUCUGUAACAUGUUUAUAACGGGGCAUUUAUUUCAGCUACUGAGUCGGCUAUUCGACUAAAUCAUAAGUCGGUUUGUUCAGUUACAAGGUUCAUAUACAGACUUCCAUUCUCCUAUGUUUUGUUACACUGGAAUGAGGGCAGUUUGUUAUGGGGGGGACACCCCACAAAAACCUACUAAAGUGCACAUGUAGUUCAGAGUUUAGCAUUCCACACUUUGUGAGGUGAGACUAACAGGCUAGGCUAAUAUUUCAUUCAGACACAAUACUGUACCAUUACAUAAGUCUAACAGGAACAUUUUGUCAUAUAUUUAUUUUUUUAACAUUGCUCAUUUUAAAAAUUGUAAAUGUUGUGUAUAUUGUAUAACAUGUACUGUUGUUUCCAUUUUGAAUGGGCAGUAUAAAACAAAUAAAAAGUCAGC